AUGCCAGAACACAUUGUUCCAACUGGCCAAAAACGACAGCACUAUGCCCCAAACAAAGCCACUGACCCCGCCACCUGCACUGAAUGUGGGACUGAAUACUCAUGCAGGGGCGCCGCAGCACAACAUAUGGUCAGCAAAAACAUGGUUUCAAGAGAGCCGGUGCGCUCUGGAAGAUCAAAUUCCUCCAUGAGCCGCCCUCCGCCGGACGUCCCGCCAGAACCGUCACCACCCCCACCCCCAGCAACAACGUUACCACGUUCCACUUCGCCUAAAGCAAAAACGCACCCGUUUGCCUGCAGUAUGUGUAAGCGGACUUUUCCGCUUCAAAACGGAUUAACGCGACACCUCAGAUACAUGCACAAUGCCACGUGCCCUGUCCCAGAAAGAAAACGACCGCGAGCCGGCGAACCGAUACCAGACGAAUCAGCGUUCCCAUGCGACAAAUGUGAUAUGAUAGCACGCUCUAAAACAGGCCUUAAAUCCCAUAUUAGAGAGCGAACCAUCCUGAAGACCCGGAAAAACAAAGAGAUCUUCUUCUACAACGCAACCCCCGAGUGUGAAAUUAAAGCGCUGUGGGGCAGGCUGAUGGCAGUAUCGUUGGAGUAA